UUUGUCGUCGCGCGAUCUGCGAGGCGUGCGUCGCCUUCUGAUGACGCCGUCGACGCGCCAGUAAUGGCUCUCACGCGAAAACCGGUCACCGGAGCGAGAGAGGAAGAUUAUAGGCGACACUCUCCCCGUAUCUGGUCGCUUUCCCCUCGAUGUAUUUGAGGUGUAUCUCCAGGGUUUUUUCAGCGAUGGCUGGACCGAGGCCUGUGGUGAUGAGCGGACCGUCUGGAGCUGGCAAAAGCACUCUGCUGAAGAAGCUGCUCAAGGAGUUUGAUGGCAUGUUUGGCUUCAGCGUUUCCCAUACGACGCGGAGCCCCCGUCCAGGAGAGGAGAACGGCAAAGACUAUCAUUACGUCACCAGGGAAGUGAUGCAGGCGGCCAUAGCAAAGGGUGAAUUUAUCGAAAAUGCUGAAUUUUCAGGGAACAUGUAUGGAACAAGUAAAGCAGCUGUUCAGGCUGUUCAGGCCAAAAAUUUGAUUUGCAUUUUGGACAUUGACAUGCAGGGAGUGAAGAACAUCAAGAGAACCGAUCUCAACCCCAUCUAUGUGUCCAUCCAGCCUCCGUCAAUGGAAACCCUGGAAAAACGAUUAAGGGAUAGAAAAACCGAAUCUGAGGAAAGUCUACAAAAGCGUUUGCGUGCAGCCAAAGUUGACAUGGAAAUAAGUAAAGAGCCAGGUUUGUUUGAUGUGCUGAUUAUCAAUGAUGACCUUGACCUAGCGUACGGGAAAUUAAAAGAUGCUCUUCUUGAGGAAAUCCAGAAGGUCAGAGACACCAGCAAAUCGUAGCACACAUAAUUCCUGGGUUAAAGGUCAGAAACAUGAAGAUUCAACCAAGAAACACUCUGAAAGUCCUUGUUAUUUUUAAAUGUUUUUUUUUUUUUUUUUUUUUUUUACAUUUUUUUAUAAAAAUUGAAGAGAUUGUAGAUUUUAUAUAUCUGUCUAGCAUGUUCACUAAUUGAAUUUUUUUUUUUUUUUUUUCUAUGCUCAUAUUUUAUUAUAACUCAUUCUUUGCUGUUCCAAACACAACGCAGCUUUCCAUUCGCAAUAUUUUAUCAUUCAGAGCUAUUAUGUGCACAUACGAGCGGCGCGGUGCACCUGCUUUCCCUCAAAUAUAAUUGCAUCUGAAUGUCUGACAUCGUACACGUCGAGGAAAGCUUGGUUUCUUAACUAAUACCUAAUUCUUAAAUGAUGGAAAUGGUUGCGUCUCAUCAUGUUCCGCCGAAUACACAUUACAUGCACAUGACUCCGAAUCAGAUUACACUUUGUAAUUAAGGAAUUUUUACUUUAAUAUAUUUAGCAGCUUUGAAAGUUUUAUAGCGUUCAAAGCCGCUGCAGGUUUUGUUUCAGACUCAAGGCAGCUUAUAAACACAGCCAGCAGUCUCUCAGUAGGUUUAGGAGGCAUUAAUGAUGCUUUUAGUCUUAUACAGCUGAUCUUUAGUAGAUUGUUCCAGCAGGUCUGAUCUAUUCAUGUUAAUAUUAAAUGUUUCAAUAUCCAUAUUAUUUGAUGGUCACAUUUAUUCAAGUACUGUAUGUUACUCAUCGUCCAUUGAGUGUGGAAAAAGAUGUAAUAUAAUAACUUGUGAUGUACAGACCUACAAAUGAAACACGAAGUUUAUCAAAAUGGAACAAAGGUUUUCCUAAAAGGGCACAAUUUUAACAAAUCAGGAGCCAAAUGACCAGACACCAGCUGUUUCUGGCAUGUGGAGCGACCUUGUGUACCUUGUGUGUGUGGUUUUUAUUUUUUAACAUCGUGUCAUUCCUUGGUGCAUCUUAAACAUCCCCUUGAAAGAAAUCUGUCAAAUGUUUAUGGUGUCUGUGAAAUCUGAGAAAUGCAGAUAAUGUCUCAAAACAAUGUCUAAACCAAAUGUCACCGUUUUCUUUCUUUUUUUUUUAAUUCUAGAACUGUUUCGAUGUACCGUGCAAGUGUAAUAAAACUGCACCAUUACUGUGA